AAUAAUAAUAAUAAUAAUAAUAAUAAUAAUAAUAAUAAUACAGCAAUAACAGUAGCAAUAUAAUAAUGAUAUAAUAUAGUAAUAAUUUUCGUGGCAUUUUCUGCGUCCUCCAGUGUGACUCUGUGGCACUCUUGCGCAUUAGUAAUAAUAAUGAGGAUAAUAAUUCAAUCGGGCGAAACGUCAGGAGAGAAUGCUUCUGGAUCAUGGCCAAACAGCCCAGAAAACACACAACAACCCUGUGAUCCCGGCCAUGAAAGCCUUCGACAACACAAUUACAACAUUCACCAGACAAAAGAGUGAAAGAUAUAGAAACCCCAAUUGCUUAGACCUCACAAGCUCUGAGAUGCGGGUGAAGCGUCAGGGGAGAGUGCUGCUGGGGCAGAAAAUUCACAGUAACACAUUCUCGCCACAGGUUUCCCGAGCUCGCUCCCUUCUCCUGUCUCAUGUUUGUUGUUUGCCAAACCGGAGCCUGCUGGCCUCACCUGGUUCAGGUGUGCCAGAGGGGGCGUGGCCAAGGGAGGGGCCAGGGGGAGGGGCCAAAGGGCAGCCCUGGAGCAGAACAUGGCCGUGAGGUUCCAGGUUGCCGACAUGGAGGAAAUGGUGAUCUGGGAGCAGUAUACAAUAACCCUCAACCGAGAUCCCCGGAAGGGCUUUGGCCUGGCCAUCUCGGGAGGCCGGGAUCGCCCCAGUGCUUCCGACAGAGACGUCUCGAUCAUCGUCUCUGACGUUGUUCCUGGAGGACCAGCGGAUGGCCGACUGCAGACCCGGGACAAGAUCGCCAUGGUCAACGGCCUCUCCAUGGACAACGUCUCGUCUUCCUUCGCCAUCCAGACGCUGAAAACUUGCGGCCGGGUGGCCAAUAUUACGGUGAAGCGGCCCCGUAAAAUCCACCUCCCGGCCGCCAGGCCCAGCCAACCCCAAAGCAGCCCUGCUCCGCGUUCCCCGGAAGUCCGCCACGACCGGGACUCGGACGAGGAGGGCAGCUUCCGCCGCGGCGGGGGGCGCCAUUGGGAGGCGGACCACAACCGCGGCUACGAGGGGGACUCCUCCAGCGAGCGGAGCUCCGGCCGCCACCGGGACGAGCCCGACGCCCCCCGGCGGCAACCCAUCCGCAGCCGGCGGCGCAGCCAAGAUGGGGGCCACCGCCGGAGGAGCCGCGACAGCGUGUCGGACGGGCCACCCGUCGCCAACGGCUAUGGCGGAGGCCUGGCCUUAAUGUCCGGGUUCAAGCGGUUGCCGAAGCAAGACGACGUGCCGACAAAGCCCCUGCGCACCGUGCUGGUCAAGAGCAAGGAGAGCGAAGAAUAUGGAUUGAAACUCGGGAGCCAGAUCUUUAUCAAACACAUCCGGGAGACGGGCCUCGCAGCGAAGGAUCGCAACUUGCAAGAAGGGGACCUGAUCCUCAAGAUCAACGGCGUGUCCAGCGAGAACCUGUCCCUGGAAGAGACCCGGCAGUUGAUCGAAGGGUCGGAAGGCCGCCUCACGCUGUACGUGGUUCGGGACGACACUCACUUUCUGAUCAACAUCCCCGAAGUGGAGGAGAGCGAGGGCGAGAGCUCCCACUUGGAUGACAUCUCGGAUAUCGGGUCCGACGUCUCGCCGCCACCUUCGCAUUCCCCCGAACCUCCCCCUCGGGAUGAUGUUCCACCGAGGAGGCGCUCCAGCAAGAAACGAAGUCCGGCGAAGGAACUGACUCCCACUCCUGUUUUUGAGGUCCCGAAAGUCCCGGAGAACAACUAUAUCUCCCAGGAGGAGGUUGGCGACCCUCAAAGUGGUGGCCUUUAUGGGUACAGCCCGGACUCCAAAGUGGUCCGAUUCAUCAAAGCCCGGAGCAUUGGCCUGCGUCUCGCUGGUGGCAACGACGUGGGGAUCUUCGUGGCCGGAGUCCAGGAAGGAAGCCCAGCCGAGGGCCAAGGCAUCCGGGAAGGAGACCAGAUCCUGCAGGUCAACGAGAGGACCUUCCAGCACCUGACUCGCGAAGAGGCCGUGACGUUCCUCAUGGAGCUCAGCCCCGGGGAGGAAGUGGCCUUCCGCCUCCAGAGCAAGCCGGACAUCUAUGCGAAAAUGGUGAAGUCCAACGUGGGCGACUCCUUCUACAUCCGCACCCACUUUGAUUUCGAGAAGGACACCCCAUCCGGACUGAGCUUCACCCGCGGGGAGGUCUUCCAUGUGACGGACACCAUGUACCGGGGCAAAGUGGGCAGUUGGCUGGCCGUCCGGAUGGGCAAGGAGUUCCAGAGGCUGGACAAGGGCAUCAUCCCAAACCAGAGCAGAGCGGAGCAAAUCGCCAGCCUGGAGUCGGUCCUCAAAGCCUCCUCGGCCUCCAACUCCUCCUCCGGAGCCAGGGCCGAGUUCUGGAAGCUACGUGGUCUUCGUGGUGCCAAGCGCACUCUCCUGCGGAAGAGCCGGGAGGACUUGUCGGCCCUCACCAAGCAAGGCCACUACCCGCCCUACGAAAGGGUCGUCCUCAAGGAAGCCACGUUUAAGCGCCCGGUGGUGAUCCUGGGGCCGAUCACGGACAUCGCCAUGCAGAAGCUGAGCACCGAAAUGCCGGAGGAGUUCGAAAUUGCCGAGAGCAUCUCCAGAGACGAUGGCUCCGCCAAGGUGAUCAAGUUGGAGUCCGUUUGGCAAAUUGCUAAGCAGGGCAAGCAUGCUCUGCUGGACAUCACUCCGGCCGCGGUGGAGCGGCUCAACUACGUCCAGUACUUCCCGGUGGUGGUCUUCCUGGAGCCCCAGAGCCGCCAGGGGGUGAAGGCCAUGCGCCAGUGGUUGGCCCCGGACUCCCGGAAGAGCUCCCGCCGCCUCUACGCCCAGGCCAAGCGCCUGCGCCAACACUGCCGCCACCUCUUCAGCGCCACCAUCAGCCUGGCCGACGGCUCCGACGCCUGGCUCCACCGCCUCAAGGAGGCCCUCCGGGACCAGCAGGGCCGGCCCGUCUGGACCGCGCAGGAGCAGGUGGACGUCUCGGCCGAGGAAGGUCUGGAGAUGCUGAACCAGGCCUCGGCCCCGGGAUACUUGACCUGCGACAGCCGGGCCAACAGCGACUACGAGGAGACGGACGCCGAGGGCGAGCCCAUCACGGACCACGAGCUGGAGGAGGCCCAUCGGGAGCCGGCCCUGUCCCGCUCCUCGGAGCCCAUCCAAAGGGAGCCGGAGCACGACCUGGGCCAGCGCAUCCAUCUGCACGACAACAACCAGCAACCGCAAGGACAGUGGCGGCAAGACGCAGACAUCAGGGAAUACGAGCGCGAGGCCCUGCAGAAGAAGUUCACCAAGGCCCGGGCUUACGACUCAGAGUCCGACGACGACGACGGCUACGGAUGGGGUCCGGCCACCGACCUCUAGCCCAGCAACUUGGGAGUUGUAGUCCGGCACCUUUCUUGGAGGCCUGUGUCUCCCCACUGACAAAUCUGUCCCCUUUCCUCCCGGUUAAAUGUCGGAGUGUGCGAAGCCCGUUAGGAAACUGCAAAUCCCAGGAUUCCGAACGGGAUGGGUUUGGAAGCCAAACGGGCUUAUUUGUAUCUACUGAAAAGAGGACGUUUGCAUAUGUUUCAGAGACAUUAUAUUUUUAAUACUGUGGGUUUUUUUUGGGGUGGGGUGUUUACUGUGUUUUGUGCAACAAGAUUUGUUAUUCUCCAUUUGUAGGAAUAUCUAAUACAGACACACAUAUAUAUCCUAUGUAUACAUUCACACACACACACACAUAUAUAUAUAUAUACACAUAUAGUAUCCUACACACUAUAUAUGUGUGUAUGCGUGUUUGUGUGUGUGUACAUAUGUGUGUAUAUAUAUACACACACACACACACAUAUAUAGUGUGUAGAAUACUAUAUAUAUAGGUGUAUGUGUGUAUAUGUAUGUAUGUGUGUAUAUAUAUGUAUGUAUACACACAUAUACACACAUACACCUAUAUAUACCUAUAGUAUCCUACACACUAUAUGUGUGUGUGUGUGUGUGUGUGUGUAUAUAUACACAUAAAUACAUACAUAUACACACAAACACCUAUAUAUACCUAUAGUAUCCUACACACACUAUAUAUAUAUGUGUGUGUAUAUACACACACACACACAUAUAUAUACACAUAUAGUAUCCUACACCCUAUAUAUGUGUGUAUGCGUGUUUGUGUGUGUGUACAUAUGUGUGUGUGUAUAUAUAUACACACACACACAUAUAUAUAUAGUGUGUAGAAUACUAUAUAUAUAGGUGUAUGUGUGUGUAUAUAUAUAUAUAUGUAUGUAUACAUACAUAUACACACAUACACCUAUAUAUAUAGUAUCCUACACACUAUAUAUAUGUGUGUGUGUAUAUAUACACAUAAAUACAUACAUAUACACACAUAUACCUAUAUAUACAUAUAGUAUCCUACACACUAUAUAUGUGUGUGUGUGUGUGUGUAUAUAUAUAUACACACACAUAUAUAUGUAUGUGUAUAUAUAUACACACACACGCAUACAUACAUAUACACCUAUAUAUACAUAUAGUAUCCUACACACACUAUAUAUAUGUGUGUGUAUAUAUACACACACACACACAUAUAUAUAGUGUGUAGGAUACAAUAUGUAUAUACAGGUGUAUGUGUGUGAAUGUAUAUGUAGGAUGUGUGUGUGUGUAGGAUAUGAUAUAUAGGUGUGUGUGUAUAUAUAUAUACACGAAUGAAGAAGAGUGUGUGUAUGUGUGCGUGCGUGUGUGUAUAUAUAUAUAUAUAUAUAUAGGAUCUCAUACAUACAUAUAGGAUUAUAUAUAUGUGUAUAUAUAAACACACACGGUAUAUAUAUUCCUAUAUAUACAUACAAUAUACUACACCCUACACACGCACAUAUCCUGUGUGUGAAUCCUAUAUAUGUGUGUGUGUGGUGUGUGUGUGUGUGUAUGUGUAUAUACACAUACUCCUAUAUAUACAUAUCCUACACACAUAUUCAUAUAUACACAGACACACAAUCUCCCCUCUCUAUAUAUAAACAAUAUGUAUGUGUGUAUACGUAUAUGUGUACAUACAUAUAUAGGAUCAUAUACAUAUCCUACACACACUUUCAUAUACACACACACAUAUACAAUAUGUAUACAAUGGAAUACAAUAUUAUACUACUAAUAAUACAAUAUACUAAUAUUAAUUAUAUAUUAUAUAUUAAAUAAAUGUAAUAUUACUAAUAAUAUUACCAUAUAAUGAUAUAGUACAAUAUAGUAGUUUAAUGCUUAUAUUGUGCUGUACUAAAAAUAUAUUGUAUGUUCAUUUGAUUUGUAAGCCCCUUUGGGGUGAGAAGAUAUAAAUGUAAUUAAUAAUAAUAAUAAUGGAUUUUGUAUCAUUUAUUAUUAUUCCAUUAUAUUAUUAUUAUUAAUAAUAUACGAAAUCCAGCAUACCUAUCAUGUUUGCUGUGUCAUAAUAAAAUAAUAAUAAUAGAUUUUGUAUCAUUUAUUAUUAUUCCAUUAUUAUAUUAUUAUAUUAUUAUUAUUAUAAUAUUAUUAUUAAUAUACGAAAUCCAGCAUAUCUAUCUUGUUUGCUGUGUCAUAAUAUAAUAAUAAUAAUAAUCUCCCCUCUCUCUAUAUAUGAUGUAUGUGUGUGUGUGUGUGUAUACACAUAUGUGUGUAUAUGUAUAUAGUAUUUUUUUUGAUGGGGACCUUUGUAAUAAAGUUUUUUCGACCGCA